UGUGUUGGUCCAUGUAUCUAUAUAAAGGAACAUGUGGACUCGGAUGUGGAGUUUAGUAGCUCAAAACUCGUGUUGGCUGCCUCGCUCUCCGUAGAAAAAAAGACAACAAGCAGCAGCGGGAAUAUAAACUUAUCAAAAGACCAGGACUGCUCGCCUGUGGAAACUGAGGAAAUCCUUUCACAAGCCCCCCUGGCCCCCUCCCGACCUGACAUACACACUGCCUGAAGCUUCCCCCCCUCGUAAGCCUUAAAAAAAUAUUUUAAAAAAAACGCAAAAUGGGUGAUCAGCCGGAGGACGGCUCGUUUAUGUUCACAUCAGAGUCUGUGGGAGAGGGACAUCCAGACAAAAUCUGCGACCAGAUCAGCGAUGCCGUCCUGGACGCGCACCUCAAGCAGGACCCCGAUGCCAAAGUGGCCUGUGAGACGGUCUGCAAGACGGGCAUGGUGCUGCUCUGUGGCGAGAUCACGUCCCGCGCCAACGUGGACUACCAGAAGGUGGUGAGGGACGCCAUCAAGCACAUCGGCUAUGACAACUCCGACAAAGGUUUUGACUACAAGACGUGUAAUGUCCUGGUGGCUCUGGAGCAGCAGAGUCCGGACAUUGCUCAGGGUGUCCAUGUGGACCGCAAGGAGGAGGACAUUGGCGCAGGAGACCAGGGUCUGAUGUUUGGCUACGCCACGGACGAGACGGAAGAGUGCAUGCCGCUCACCAUCGUCUUAGCCCACAAGCUCAACUCCAAGAUGGCCGAGUUAAGACGCAACGGUAUCAUCCCUUGGCUGCGUCCCGACUCCAAAACCCAGGUGACUGUGCAUUACGACCAGAAAGAUGGCGCUGUGAUCCCCAAGAGAGUCCACACCAUUGUCAUCUCGGUGCAGCACGACGACUGCAUCUCUCUGGAGGAGCAGAAGAAAGUCCUCAAGGAGAAGGUGAUCAACGCGGUGGUCCCCGCCAAAUACCUGGACGCCAACACCAUCUAUCACCUGCAGCCCAGCGGCCGCUUCGUCAUCGGGGGCCCACAGGGAGACGCCGGCGUCACGGGCCGGAAGAUUAUCGUGGACACGUACGGGGGGUGGGGGGCUCACGGCGGUGGCGCCUUCUCCGGCAAGGACUUCUCCAAAGUGGACCGCUCGGCCGCCUACGCCGCCCGCUGGGUGGCCAAGUCUCUGGUCAAGGCCAAGCUCUGCAGGAGGGUGUUGGUCCAGGUCUCCUACGCCAUCGGUGUGGCUCACCCUUUGUCCAUCUCGUUGUUCACGUACGGCUCGUCCAACAAAAGCGAAUCGGAGCUGCUGCACAUUGUCAACAAAAACUUUGACCUGAGGCCAGGAGUUAUCGUGAGGGAGCUUCACCUGAAGAGGCCCAUCUACCAGCAGACUGCCACUUACGGCCACUUCGGUCGGCCCGAGUUCAGUUGGGAGGUUCCUAAAAGGCUCGUCCUCUAAGCGCUCCAUCUCCUCACAGCACUACGAGAGGACCUGGACCAACCUAAAACCAACUAAACCAAAAGCUGUAAACACAUGAUGAGCUGCGAAAAGAGGUGUACCGUGAAGGACACCUGAUAGGAACAAAGACAUCCAUCCUAUUGAAUUGUUGCGCGGUGCUUCUUUGUUUUCUUUUAAAUAUACGGUACGUAUAAUCAUAACCACCUCAAUACUGUGAAAGUACAACAACCCCCACGCAGGAGAUGUUUUGACAACAACUUUUCAUGUCAUUGCUGCUUCAACCAAAAGCUUCACUUCUCAAUCUUUGUAUGUCAUGUGUGCUGCUGGAAAGCGGGUCACAAGCAUCACGGUGCUCCACCAAACAGGUCAAUAAAACAUCGUUUAUGUCAUCAGAAGCAUGUUACAACCAAACUUUUCAAAACGGACAUUCAAGACGUGUACUUUUGUUCACUUUCGGGGACCUCUUUGCGCCCAUGCCAUUUCUCGAAACCUAAAAAGCCCCCAAAUAGCACAAAUGUUCGUAUUUAAUACCGCCUCAAUAUUUUUUUUCCCGUGCAGCUGCUACUGGUUGCCAAUUGUGUGUUUUUGCCAUGCAAUUCUGAAAACAAACGAGUCUUAAAAAGCCCCAAAAUGGUACAAAUGCUCAUUAUA